UAGCAGUUCAUCUUGUUCGCUUUCGUUGGGUCUACGGGGUUCCUUUAAUUAUCUCGUGUGCAAGCUGUGCCUACCUAGGAGACAAGAGUACCUUUAUUACUUCAGCUCUUGACCUCACUGGUAUUCAGUUAUAUUCCCCGGGAAUCAUCUUUGAUCAGCCGUCCCGAAGCUACAUUGACGCUGCGAACGGAUAGCAGAGCCAAUAAGAUGGUCCUCCAGCGUCUUGGUCACUCGUUCAAGAACUCGCAUAUGGACUCCGGCAACGUUAAUGGCGAAAGAGGUGUAUUUUCGGAUCAGCCCCUUCCCUCAAGCCCAUUGACAGGGCGAUGUGGCGAGCAUCCUCUCAUUGUCUCACCUAAACGGCAUGGCCAGGAUUUACAAACCUGGCGCAAAGGGCCAUGCUAUCUGCGGCAGGAACAAGAUCCAGUCUCGCCCCCCGAGCAAAGCUCUGGCCCGCAUGACUCUGUUCAUACUGGUGUCUCAGAUCCCAAUAUAGAUGUUUCACCAUUACCGGGGGGAGUUCUCGAGUCAUUGUCCGAGUCUCCAUCGUCUCCGCUGUCGAAGCCAAGCUGGGGGACCUCCAAAAAGGCUAUAAUCACUCUGGAAUCCAUCUAUCUUCGGGAACAAGAUGCUUGUAACCGGCUACAAAAGAGAAGUUCCUCUCCCAGCUCCCCGCAGCUGCAGAGAAACACAAUGGCACACUCUGAGGCGUGGACUGAGCGGUUCCCAAAUUUCAACUUUCACAGUAUGGAAGAGCGGCUGCCAUUAUCUUCCGCAUCCUGUGAUGCUGCUGUGAAGCAAGAGAAUAUGCCCACAAGCGAUCCUAUGCAACUGCGUCUCUUCGCCUAUUCCCAGUCAACAGACGGGCUACGUGGUGAUCCAGCAGGAGUCGUGCCUCACUGCGAUUCAGACGCCUUCAACCAGACUCCUAUCGUUUCUAUACCGCAGCUUCCAACCAGGUACCACACAGGGGAGCAACGACAGAUGUAUUUGGAUCACCGGAGUCUUUCGGCGUUUUCCGCAACAGAUCCGCCAUCUGCCAACGACUUCUUCCCCUCCCCGCAUUCAUCAGAUCUUGGAUCCUCGCCAUCGUGGCAUCCUGAUGAGACCCUCAGCACGUCCAGUCUCCCAUUCACCUCCAAUCUCCAUAGCCACGAUGCUGUGGCCUGGUGGUCGUCUGUGCCUUCUCGGUUCGCACAGGUGCAGGCUCCAUUCCAGCCGGCAGUCUUAUCACCGGCUCCCCAGAGACCAGUUCAGUAUCUCAGCAGCCAAAACGAAGCGCUGGAAGAAAGAUCCAUUAUGCAGUUUGGCUCUUUUGACAUGUCCACCGCAGUGGACUCCUUGAUUCCAUCACCUAGCUUACUACCGACCACCACGGCUGCUACCGAACAGCAACGACAACAAAGUCCCUCUUAUUACAGCCCCCAAUCCGCCCACGAGAGAUUUCCAGGGUCUCCUUAUUUCAGCCCAUCUCAGGCCCAUCACGGAGCACAUUCGCCUGCGAUGAGCACGCCACCGAGGAGUGCAUCGAUUCCUCGUACUGUUGGAACUACCCACCGUCGAAACAGGUCUCGGAAAUUGUCCAUGCAAUCCUGCGGUGGCCCACGACCGGCUAAGAUUACAGGUAACGAGCAGCCUGCAAGUCCUAAUAGCCCUGGUCGGGCUCUUACGAUAUCAUUUGUGAACUUUACUCCGGAAGACAGUCACAAGAUCCUGUCUGGAGUGGCUCCUAGUGGGAGCUCCAAAACGAAAGCCAGGCGAGAGCAAGAAGCGCGGGAGAGACGGCGAAGACUAGGCGAGGCUGCAUUGAAAGCAGUGAAACAAGCCGGUGGAGAUAUCAGAGCCCUCGAGGCCGCACUCUGCUAAACAUGCCUGUCUGUGUUUUCCUGUUUUAUUUAUUCAUUUUUCUUCCUGGCUCUCUUUGCUCUUGUGUUAAUGUGUGCCAUCAGGAUGGGUUAUGAAGGGGAUUCCUGCAUUUCUGUCUCGGCUAGACGGUGUUCGGCGCCUGUGGUUGUUUCUGAUCUUCGAUUUACUGUACUAUAUGCUCUAAAUACUGUUUCUAGAAGUAUCUAACUGUCCAAACCUCGGCAGCUCUGUGAAGGUUAACUUUGCGAUAGCACUGUUUCCUUGUUUUUGAUGGAACACAUCACAAUCACGUAGCUGCUAUGCGAUUAAUACCUGCAAGGCUGGUGGCGUCUAAGACAUAGUAAA